AUGAUCGGCUUUCUGCUCCCCCUGUGCAUUGGGGUUGCUUCUGCAACCUCAUUGAGCACAGCUUGCACCAAGGAGUUUAUCAAGUCCAAUCUGCCGACGUCCAACGAUGCUAUUCCCCUGGGAAUUACGAUCGAUGAGAGUUCCGUGACUGCAAACACAUAUCUGAACUACUCAGUCACAGAUGCGACCUUCUGGCAAAAUGUGAACAUCGAUUUCUGUGAAGUCAGCUUCGCCUACUCUCAUGACAGUCAGGACGACCGGAUUGUGGUCGAGUACUGGAUGCCACUUGUCGAAAACUUCCAAAACCGAUUCCUUGCCACGGGAGGUGCCGCAUACCAGAUCAGCAAUGGAUCUGGUGGUGCCGAUAUGUCGGGCGGUGUUGCUUAUGGGGCUGCCACUGGCUUGACUGACGGUGGUCUUCCUUACUGGGGAAGCACCGACUUUGACGAUGUUGUCCUUCUGGGCAAUGGUACUGCGAACUGGCCGGCUAUCUACAACUUCGCCUACCAGGCUAUUGCCGAGAUGACUGAGAUUGGAAAGGCCUUUACCAAGAACUAUUUCGGACUCACAGACAGCACCAGCAAGGCGACCACUGACAACCUAUACACCUACUAUAUAGGUUGUUCCGAGGGUGGACGUGAAGGCAUGAGUCAGGCUCAAAAGGCCCCCGAACUCUACGACGGCAUCAUUGCUGGUGCUCCCGCUAUGCGCUAUGGACAGCAACAGGUCAACCACAUUGCUCCUCCGAUUCAGAUUCAGACUAUUGGACACUACCCCCCUUCCUGUGUGUUUGAUACUGUAAUCAAUGCCACCAUCAAUGCCUGCGACCAGCUUGAUGGCAAAGCCGAUGGGGUCAUCUCCCGUACUGACCUUUGCUUCGAAAAAUUCAACGUUUCUUCCAUGGUCGGCAAGACCUACAGCUGUGCAGCAAGCUCCGAAAGCAGCCUGGGUCUUGGCUACGGAAAGCGUAAAAGAGACAGCUCAACCACCCCUGCACAGAACGGUACCAUCUCGGCAAAGGAUGUUGAGGUUAUCCAAGAUCUGUUGACCGGUCUGAAAGAUUCCAAUGGUGACAGAGUCUACCUGCCGUUCCAGCCUGGCGCAGGCUUUGGUGAUACCACCGUCUAUGACUCGGAUACCGAUUCCUGGACCAUCACUUCGCCCAACUCAAAUGGUGAAUGGGUCACCAAGUUCUUGAACUGGCAAAAUGUCAGCUCACUGGUCAUGACCAAUGUGACCAAUGACGACUUGAAGUUGUGGAUGAUCGAGGGCAUGAACAAAUACAUGGACUCCCUCCAAACCACCCUCCCCGACCUCAGUCCAUUCCUGAACCGCGGUGGUCGUCUACUUCACUUCCAUGGCGAGGCCGACUCCAGUAUCCCUACCACCGGCUCUGUUCACUAUCACGAGUCCGUUCGCAAGAUCAUGUACCCCGACCUUGAUUUCGAGAAAGGAAAUGAGAAACUCAACGAGUGGUACCGUCUCUAUCUCAUUCCUGGCGCCGCCCACUGCGCCACCAACGAUCAGCAGCCGAACGCUGGGUUCCCUCGCGACAACUUCGCCCAUAUGAUCAAGUGGGUGGAGGAUGGAAUCACACCAGCUACCAUCAAUGCCACAGUGCAAUCAGGAGCCAAGGAGGGUGAAGUCCAGAAUGUGUGCACCUGGCCAUCUCGUCCUUAUUACAAAAAUGGACAGCUGGUUUGCCAAGAGAAUCAAUCUUCGGUCAACGCCAUGUUGUGGGACUUGCCUGCUUACAAGCAGCCCGUCUACUAA